AUGGUGCAAUUUUCUCAACGGUUCAGCAUAAACGACCACACGGACGUUCUUUUGGAGAUCCUCAAGCGGCUGGACGACGACCGCUCGCUGGCGGCGGCCGCCGGCGUCUGCCGCCUGUGGCGGGGCCUGGCAAGGAGUGACUCCCUGUGGGAGUACCUCUGCUUCCGCCAGCUGGCGCCGCCGCCGGAAAGGGUGAAGGCGGUGGUGGCGGCUCUGGGGGGUUACCGGCGGCUGUACACGGCGUGCGUGAGGCCGGUGCUCAGGACAAGGCGGCAGGGGAGGACGCAGGUGUGGACACGGCAUGAGGUGGAGCUGUCGCUCUCGUUGUUCUGCGUGGAUUACUACGAGCGGGUGAUGCUCGCCGGCGGCCGACCGCCGCCGUCGAAUUCGCUUGUGUUGGGACUGUGUGGAACUGUGGGUGUUUGA